AUGUUCGUUUCGUGGAACAGCGGUCCUCUGGACGAUCAGCGAAUAGCAGUCCUGUCAAAACGAAGAUUUUUCAAAGUAGUCGAUGUUGGAUUGUUCCAGUUGGAGAUCCUGUCCUCCUUCUUUCCUGUGAAUGAGAAUUCUACCAUCACAGCACCAGUUCUUGAAAUUCGCUGCCGAAAUGACAUCAUCAAGGCUUGGGUCUGCGUUGAUUCCCUUGUCGUAUUGUUGAACUUGGCAUCUGAAAUUUCUCGAUCAGAAAAAUUUGCACCACCUGAGCCGAAGGAAGCUUCAGUACGUCAGUCUGUGGAUAGCUGUGAGGACAACGCAAAUUCUGAAAGCCAUGCAUCGACUUCUACCAGUCAAGAAAUUGGUAAUCUUCCGAAACCAGUUGAGAUGAAAAUGAAGCGUAUGCUUGCCUCCGCGAUGCAGGAAGAUUCACCUUCUGCUGGCUCGUCCGCUGGAAUACCUUGUGGUAGGGAGGCACUUGAAGAGUUCUCACCGAAUUUCUCGGUCAACCAGAACUUGCUUGCGAAAGCGUUAGUGGAUACGACGCAUUCUGAACGAAAUCGGGCAUACUCUUUGUCAACGGACGAUGAAUUUUGUAUGGUUGAUGAGGAUGUGAUCGGUAGUGGGAUCACUAAUGCCACUGGUGAGCCGAAUAUUAAAUACAUUGGUUCUCGAAACGAUCGGACCACGUCAAAUGCUGGUAUCACGAUAGAUCCGCACCAUUUUCGUGUCCCAAGUGAUUGGCGUGGUGAUGGUUUAGCUGCGUUGCCAACGGAUUUCCCGUCCCCGAUUGCCCGAUAUUUACUCCGCGACAUCUCUAUAAGCAUUCAUCUGUUUGGUGGGUCUGAUCUGAGCGAUGAACCUCCAAAAGAGCGUAGCUACAGUACGCCUGAAUAUCGUGAGGGUAAAGGAAAGAACCAAGUCGUUUCACCCGAUGCCCGGGGUGGAAAAUAUCGUGAUCAUUCGGUUUGUGUGGUUCUCGAGUUGAAAAAGAUUACCUGUAUAUUCCAACAGUUCAACAAGGACGCUCCGUUAAUGUCAAUGAAGCUUUUCACGAUCCAUGAUAUAACGCUGUUUGAUAGGUUAACAGCUAGCCAGAUCAAAGAGAUGAUGUAUCAGUAUUCGUCUGCCGAGCAACCUCGAAGAACGUGCGCUCCGAUGUUAGCUGUUCGUAUGGUGGAAUCUCAUAAGAAUGAAGGGAAGCUCAGAGUCUCAAUGCUGCCGGUGAAGUUCAACAUCGAUCAGGAUACGAUGGAGUUUCUGGACGAUUUCUUCCAAGAAGUACGAACACGUGUUGAAAUCCCCACGGAAGUAUCUGCUGCUGUUGCUCCUCGACCUGUUUUGGAAGUGCCAGCAACGAUACGAUCUAGCAGUGAGACGGGUUCUGUGAAAAAUAGCCCUAUCUAUCCGGCGCUUGGUCAAGAUACUUUGAAUAUGAAUGUGCUCAUGCCAGAAGCUGCUCCACCGUCACCGAUAUAUGAUCUGUCGUACUUGGAAAACCGAACUAAGUCUACUUCACCAGUCAAAAGGUCUACACGGCUGCCAGUCCGGAUUUCAACCGAAUCUAGUAGUCCGGAUCUUCUGCGAGCUACUUCAACAGAAGAUGAGGUGCUGACAGACGAUCUGCAUCUUGCUGGAGACUGGAGCAGUAGUAGCGAAAUUAGAUUCCCGGAUAUGGAUCAUAUUGGUCCGGUAAGCGAAGUGGAUAAAAUGCUAAUGGGAGCUUCAAUGCAUGAUUCGUUCCAUCCGGAUAUGAUGUCAACGGGAGAUGACAAAGCUCGUGAUGAUUUCCUUGUCAGUGAUGAUCUUAUCGAUACCAGCGGCGAAAUCGAUGCCUGUCUAAACGGUGGUGACGGGUCAACCGAAGAUGACGAUACAUCCACACAAAUGGCAUCAUCGUCGGCCGAAUGCCGUUAUAGCUGUGAUGCAAUGGAAUCCACCCGCGGCAACACCUUUUUCAAAGAAUUUAUCUUCUCGCCAGCGGUUUCCAUUUACGUGGAUUAUCAUGGAAAGAAUAAGAUAAACGUUGAGAGAAAUGGAGCUGUUUUUGCUGUCUUGAGUGGAAUUGGGCAGUUGAACCAUACUGAGUUCAUCCUGAAGGAGAUAGUCAAGUCGGAAAUGGAUUGCUCGGUGUUGGACGUUGCUAUAGACGAGUGGAUGGCAGACAUCAAGUCCAAUCUGCCGAAUGUUUUAGCCAGUUGUGGUCCCAUUAGCCCGUUCGUACAAAUCGGUAAAGGUGUGGUCGACCUAUUCUGGCUUCCUGUUGUGGAAUUGCGUAAAGAAGACGGGCAUGUCGUGAAAGGAAUUCAGAAAGGUGUUGGCUCGUUCGGAUUGUCAUCGGCGGCUGGUGUUGUCGGAAUGGCUCAAACUGUUGUGGGUGUCAUACAGAUGCUCGCUGAGUCAGUUUCUACACGAAGUCCAACCAUCUGCUCCUUACUUAAAUUGAGCGAAAUCGUCGAGCUGCAACAGCUAAAGCAGCAGCUCCAACAGAUCUCCGCCAUGGAUUGCAGCUUGCUUGGUUAUCGACAAGCUCGUGAUGAUUUGGAACUUGCUUUGAAAGUGGCACCGAAAGCCAUCAUUGGGCCGUUUGUCGCCGGCACUCAAAUCGGUUACCAAGUUCUAGGAGGUAUACGAAAUCAAUUGAGACCCUAUCAAGAUGAACGUCAUAAAUGGAAAAACGAUGAAGUACCAGGUGAUAGUGGACAACAUUAA